AAGAAGUUGCCAGCAUGGCGCUUACGCUUUACUCUCUCAUCCAGACCGCGAUUCUGUGUAUCAACGCGAUCGCUGUGCUGCACGAGGAGAGGUUCCUCAGCAAGUUCGGCUUUGGUGUGGACCAGGGAGUUGGAGGUUUUGGGGACGAUCCAGGAGUCAAAGCCCAGAUUCUCACCCUCAUCCGCUCGGUCCGGACCGUCAUGAGAGUGCCAUUGAUAAUAGUAAAUUCGGCCUGCAUAGUCCUGCUGUUACUGUUUGGCUGACAGCGUUGCACCAAACGCCCAAACACGAAGCCAGACAACCAGACAUAUGCCAAGGAACAGUCUCUCUUUCGCUCACACACACACACACACACAUGCUCACAGAGACAUAUCUGUCAUUCAGAGACCUUUGACAUUCAUCAGCAGCGUGGAGAAGUUCGGGGCUUCUAUGAAAAAUGAAACGUUAAGUCAACCUGUGGGUGUUUUUAUCCAAAGAGAAGAACCAACCCGUCAGCUGGUUUUAAUGUAUAUUUGGUGUGGACUUAACACAAAAACUAAACCUAACUUAACCUGCUUGUCAAUGUGACAUAAAAGGACAAAAUGGUUCUUAUUAUUGAUCGUGAAACCAUCAACACAAGGAUUUGAUAUGUGUUUUAUCGCACCGUGACAAAUGAGAAACAUUACCGAAGGAGUGUUGUCAGCAGUAGGGUUGGAUAAUAGGUCAAUAUUUAUUACGUGCUAUUGUAUUGACAUAGCUGUCUUUUUACAAUUUUCUAAUUUAGAAAUUUAGGGGGGGUUUACACAAAGAAUGGCUCAAAUUUCAGUCAGGGACUACAGAUGGAAAAAUAGCCUCUUGGCUGACUGUGGCACCUUUGCCGGAUUGUGUUAUUAAUGUGCACCGUACCUGUCAAACACACCAAUAAAAUAUAUUUGUAUUUCACACUA